UGCACAUCCCUGCAGGAGAAAGGAGCAAGGAAGGAGAAGCUUUGCAGCUCUUGGCCCUUCUCUGUGCCCCCAGGCAGCAGGGAAGGGGACGCAGGUGCAUGGGGUUCACAGGGCCCCUCCCCAUAGCAAGGAGUGAGGAAUGAAUGAAGCACAGCACGCCUGGCUCUUCUGCUCUGCCCCCCCUCCACCCCCUUUUGGUUUUUUUUCUGCCUCCUGGUAAAGCAAUAAGAAAUCCAAACAUUACCAUAAAUGCUCAAAGCAUCUUGGCUCUGUCACGUGGACACCGGCACACACCCUACCAGGGGAGAACACACAGCCAAAACCCUGAAACCAGACAGGCAGGGAGGGAACGGACCUGAAAGCAGCCAGCAGGACAGACAGACUGACAGACACAUGGCUUUGCUGUGCAGUGGAAGGGGGUUGCAGGUGGGGCACCCAGGCACCCUAUUCUCAGGGGCUCCCCCCGUAUCCAUGCACUGCCCAGGGCCUUGGAUGUCUUUCUCAUGGGUCAUCUGUUCCACUUGCUCUCCCCUUCCUUAAAAAGCCUUGGGUACGAUGCUGGGUGUUCCUCUGCCUGGCGUCACCGUCCAGGCAGUGGGGCCAGGCUGUCUCCUGGGGAUGCCCAGCCUGGAAGCUGGCAGGAACUACUCAGCAGGAAGCAGGACCUGCUGUGAGACCUACUCCCUAGCCAAACCUUGGGCUGGUCCUGGCCUUGGAAUUAUUCUGAGACCUGUGCAGGAAACCGCUUGAUGUGGUGCGAGCAGCACUGCCCUGGCUGACCCUGUGCUGGAGCGUCACAACCUGCCGGAAACCUGCCGGCUGCCAGCGCUGAGGCCGGCACGACUCAUCACACGCUUGACCCCGCAGCCUGCCCCGGGUGGGGACCGCUCGUAGGGCUAAACUCGGCGCCGCUGGCCCUUUAAAUCCAACAUAGCGCAAACAACCAAUCAGAGGCGCCUCCCCCCCGCCGCGUCCUCCGAACCGCCCAAUGGAAAGAGAGUCUCGUCGCAUCCCCCUCCUCCGAUUGGCCAGCGCCGCGUUCCCGCCCACGACAAGAUGGCGGCGCCCAUAGCGGGGGGGCCCCGCUCGGGCCUCGGCUGAGGGCUGCGGCCGGGCCCAGCCCCGCCAUGGAGCUGGUGCUGCUGCUGCUGCGCGGCCUGCGCCUGGCGCUGGACCUGCUGCUCCUCCUGCUCGAUCUCAACUUCUUCCUGGUGUCCUCGCUGGUGACCGCGCUGCUAUGGCUCCUCACCACCGCCGCCAGCCUCCCCGGUGCUGCCACGGCCGGGAUGUGGGCCUGCUGGAACGGGCUGCUGGGCGGGCUGUGCGGCCUGGCCGAGGCGGCCUGCGGGCUGGCGCUGGGGGCCGUGCAGGGGCUGGGCGGCCUGCUGAGGGGCUGCUGCUCAGCCCUGGAGGGCCUGAAGGUGCUGGGCCACCUGCUGACCCACCUGGGGCUGCGGGGCAGGGAGCUGCUGCAGCGCGGGCUCUGGAGCCUGCUGGGCUCGGGGCAGGCCUUGCUGAGGGAGGCAGGCGAGGGGCUGGCCAUCGGGGUGAGCCUGCUGGCCUACCUGGUCAACAGCAUGGUUAAUUUGUGCCUGCUGGGCACGCAGAACUUCUUCACCCUGCUGCUGGCUCUCUGGGAUUCGGUGGUCAGCCCAGUGCUGCGCGUUGCCGACCUGCUGGCCGCCUUCCUGGCACACGUCUCCAGCAGCGCCAUUGCUGUCUCCAUCCUGCUCUGGUCGCCCUGCCAGCUGGCCUUCGAGCUGCUGGUCUCCACCGCCGAGCUGCUCAUUGGCAUCUUCUUUGUCAACGUGUAUGGGCUGGCUUUGCUCCUUGCCAUCAUUGUCGUCAGCGCUGUCAUCUUCAACCCCGGGCUGCUCCUCACGCUUCUGGGCCACGUGCUGGGCUACUUUCACACGCUGCCUGCAUAUCCCCGCCUGCAGCAAGAGGUGUGGAGGCUUUACCAAAUGGCCGUCCUGAUGCUGGGCAUGGCCAUGACCUCACAGACCUGGCGCAGGUUGGUGGACUGGAGCUUGCAGGUGACCAACUGGAGCCGAGGGGGCAGAACGAUGAACCAGGAGAGCGAGCGGCGAGGGGCAGCCCAGGCCCUGGGCAGGCUGAUGCUGGCAGGGGACGACCAUGCUGCAGCUCAGCAGGAGGAGCAGCCACAUGCAGAGCAGGUCCCGCAGGCACAUCCAGGGGCGAGUCGAAGCACUGCGUCUGGGCAGCGUCUGCAGGCAUCCAGGGACGAGGCGAGCACCUCCUGGGGGAAAGCUCCAAGGAGAGAGCAGCUGAACGCAGCGACUGGGGAUGGAGCGGGCGCUCCGGACGAUGACCCCUGGAUGCUUCUGAAAGAACAAGAGGAACGUAAGAAAUGCGUCAUCUGUCAAGAUCAAACCAAGACAGUGCUGCUUCUGCCCUGCAGGCACCUGUGCCUGUGCCAGGACUGCACAGAAGUCCUCCUGCAGCAGGCUAUCUACCAACGCAACUGCCCGCUGUGCCGCCAGAUGAUCCUCCAGACGCUCAACGUGUACCUGUGAACUGUGGGUGGUUUGGGUUGUUUUUCCAGGUGAUUGAAGACAACCCUUGCCUCAUGCUGGAACGCACGAUGGCUCUUUCCUGGGCUGCCCCGAGUUGUUUCCAAAGAACUAAGGAUGGUGCUGAAGGACCAAGAAGCUGUCAGAGGUGUCUUUCAGCCACGUUCAGUGCACAACUAGGCUGUAGAUCCUGCUAGCAGGCAUGGUAGCUGAUCUGUGCAGCAGGCUGAAAGGUUGUUUCUUUGUUGUUGUUUCUGUUGUUGUAUUUGACAACUUCUGUUUCAAGGCCUGUUGCCUUGAGCCUGUGAUCUGAAACAAAGCACAGAGCUGAUGACAGGAUAAAAGCUGUGCCAUCUUGGAAAUUACUGGAACUGGUGCGAGGCAAAGGAGUGUUUUUCUACCAAGGCUUGGCCAAAAAUCUACCUGGUGGACUGCAUUUGCACUCUUUUUUCCUCCUGCCAUUUAAGUGGGGCAGCUCCCAGGGAAGGGAUUCGCCCGCCCCUUUUGCAGGCUCUAGCAAAGCACACUUGAGCUUUUUAGGCUUUUCUACCAAAGGGCUGAGCCCAGCUCUCAGCUGGAGGACAGCAGGGCAUCUGAGGCUCCUUAACAUCCCAGCCAUUAUGGCUUUGGAGUCUGAAUUUUCCCUUGCCAGUAGGAGCCACGAUGAGCACGAUCUCCCUGCAGGACAGCUGACUGCAGAGCUCAGUGCCGCUGCUGCUUCCACACCUAUGCAAGACCAGCAAGCACAUCCUGUGUUACUUGCAUGGAGGGGCUUGAAGGGAGUUUGAUACCUGUUGCCUGGAGAACCUGAGCAGCCCUUAGGCUCCCUGAGGCUGGAGAGCAUUUCCCACUUCCCAGGCUGAGCUGGCAGGAAGGGGCGGCUCUUUGGGAGUCAAGGGGACACCCCAAUCCUCCUUGAAGCCCACUGAGACAUUCCAGCUCCAGGCACAAGUGCAAUGGACCUGCAGACUUGUGCACGGAGCAGUACCAGGACCACAGCUACGUUUGUUUAGGGCAGGGUUACACUUCUGUUUUGGCUGCGAUGUGAAAUACAUUUUGUUUAAUGUAAGUGUCCCCCGAAGUGUGACGAGGCCAUCCAUUCCUAGCUGGGGAGGGCUGAGGUGCCUCAUCCCAGCACGAUUCCAAGAAACUGCUGGGCUGCAAGAGAGCCACGCGCUAAAAAGCUUUCCCUUUUUCAGCUGCUUGUCUGGGGUCAGCCAUGCAUCAGAGCCAAUUUUGGCUGGAGCCAGAUUGGAAGGAGCCUUGACUCCUCGACUGCAAGCCAAGAGCCUGGGGGCGGCUGGCGUGGCUUUCUCCAUUCUCCUGCUAACAAAUAAUUGAUCAGUAAUUUAAGCCAAAACGGAGGCAGCGGAGAGGCCAGGCCAUGCUGGGAGACGACUGCCCUGCAAACUUGUGCUGUGUCGAGGUCUGGUGGUCUGAGAGCAGCUCUGCAGGGACUGCUGUGUGCUGGAGUCUCUUCAUCCUCACCUCCAAGCCGUUUCUCCUGCAGCUCAGAUGGACUCACCCCUGGUUGGGGCCAGCUGGUGAUCUUGGGGUGCAAUGUUUCCUAUGUGGGUUUCAGGGGACGAAGGAUAUCUUCUCCAGACUGCAAUUUCUCCCUACAAAUCUUUUUUUUUAUUAUUAUUAUUGUAGCAGUCACUGUUUUAGGGGCCCGUUUGUUUUUUGCCUGUUUAUAAAAAAAAAAAGAGAGAAAGCUUUGCCUUAAGUUUAACUCUUUGCACUACAAACAAGCAAAUUAAAGUUUCCUCUACCAGAA